AUGGUGUUUGCAAUCAUGGAAAUUAAUGCAUCAAAUGAUCUUUUACCCAAUAUAACGCUGGGCUUCCACCUCUAUGAUUCCUGUUAUAAUGAGAUACGGUCACUAAUUGGAGCAACAUGGAUUUUAUCUGGGAAGAAAAAUGGAGUGCCAAACAUUCACUGCAACAAGGAUCUUAUGCCACUGGCUAUUGUUGGCGACUUGCCCUCUAAGGCCUCAGAGCCCCUAGCAAGGAUCUUGGGAUUGUACAGAUAUCCGCAGAUUAGCUAUGGUUCUGUACUGCCUGUGUUGAGCAAUAAAAUUCAGUUUCCAUCCUUCUUAAGGACAGUAUAUAAUGCUGACUAUGAUUUUUUUGGCAUUGCUCAUGUGGUUAAGUACUUCAACUGGACCUGGGUGGGUGUUAUAUCCUCAGAUAAUGAAUUGAGGAUAUUGGGUGCUCAAAUUGUAACUAGAGAAAUAGAGAAGAAUGGUGGAUGCAUUGCAUUUCAAGAGACACUUCCUAUAAUCAACUCCAUGGAGUCUGUCUACCGUAUCAUUGGACUUGUCAAGAGAUCCAGUGCAACAGUGAUCAUUUUAUUCUGUUCCAUAGAAGUCCUUGUCCCUUUAAUGGAACUGGCUUCUUUUCACAAUAUCACUGGCAAAGUGUGGGUAGAAAUGGCAGGCUGGUCCAUUACUUCUAACUUCCCUAGGACUGACAUCUUAACAACCUUAAAUGGGAGCCUUGCAUUAUCACCUCAAAAGGGGAAAAUUCCAGGCUUUAAGGAGUUUCUUUAUAGCAUCCAUCCUUCCAGAUUUCCAGAUGAUCCUUACAUGAAGACAUUUUGGGAGAAUGCUUUUCACUGUAUUUGGCCAGGAAAUGAUGCAGUCAAUAAUACAUCUCCAGCACUGCUUAAAGAAGACAUUGUUUGGUGCACAGGAGAGGAGAGACUGGACAGUAUUGAUCCCAAUAUAUAUGAUGUCUAUAACUUUAAAUACACAUAUAGAACACAUAACGCAGUCUUUGCACUAGCUCAUGCUUUGCACCAGAUGAAGAACUGUGUCCCAGGGAAAGGGCCUUUCAAGAAUGGAUCUUGUGCUGAUAUUUAUAACCACCGGCCUUGGCAGCUGCUUCAUUACCUCAGAAAGGUAGACUUCAACAACACAGCAGGAGAAAGAAUAUAUUUUGAUGAGAAUGGGGAUGUCCCUCAGUCUGUGGAGAUUUUGAACUGGCAGCUGUUCCCUAAUGGAAGUAAUCAGUAUGUCUCUAUUGGUAGUUUUGACUUCGGCUCUCUAAAUGGCGAGGGGCUCAGUAUUCAGCUAAACAAGAUUUUAUGGAAUGGAGGACACAGCCAAGUAAGUUUUAUUGGACUUAGUUUUCUGGAGCCAGAGGCAUUACAAGAAAAAUGGAUCAAAUCCGAAAACCUCAAAAUCCUCAUUUUCGUCCCAAGUUCGGUUUGCAGUGAUCCAUGUCCCAAAGGCUACAGAAGAGCUGCAAUUCAGGGGCAGAAGAUCUGCUGCUUUGAUUGCCUGCCAUGUUCUGAAGGAGAGAUUCUCAACCCAAAUGAUGACAGUGAAUGUCUCAAGUGCCCAGAAGACAAAUGGCCUGAUAGCAGAAAAGAAGAGUGCCUACCAAAACCCAUUAAGUUCCUUUCUUAUGAUGAGACACUGGGCUCCACUUUAGCUUGUAUUUCAGUCUUGUUUUGUCUCCUUACAUUUUCAGUGUUCUGCCUGUUUAUAAUCAAAAGAAAGACCCCCAUAGUGAAGGCAAAUAACAGAGAUCUCAGUUACCUACUUCUCAUCUCCCUCAUGUUUGGCUUCAUGUGUCCCUUGGCAUUCAUUGCCAGACCCAACCGGAUAAUGUGCAUGAUACGCCAGGUCAUGUUUGCUGUCAUUUUUUCACUUUGCGUUUCUACCAUACUAGCAAAGACUAUCACUGUCAUAAUGAUAUUUAGUGCUACAAAUCCAGACAGUAAACUAAAGAAACUAGUGGGACUAAGAAUACCCAUUUAUAUUGUCCCAGUGUGUACCAUGGUUCAGGUAAUUCUAUGCAUAGUUUGGCUGACCACAGAAGCUCCAUUUGCAGAGUUCAAUAUGGCAGCAGAAAUAGGAAUAAUAGUGAUUGAGUGCAAUGAGGGGUCCAGGGUGUUAUUUGCUUGUGUCUUGGGGUACAUGGGUCUCUUAGCCUCCAUUAGUUUAUUUGUUGCCUUUCUGGCUAGGAAGCUCCCUGACACAUUUAAUGAGACCAAGUUCAUUACAUUCAGUAUGUUGGUAUUUGCCAGUGUUUGGGUGACAUUUAUACCCGCUUAUCUCAGUACCAAGGGGAAACAGACAGUGGCAGUAGAAAUCUUUGCCAUUCUCUCUUCAAGUGCUGGGUGUCUUUUUUGCAUCUUUUCCCCAAAAUGUUAUUUAAUAUUAUUGCACCCAGAAAUGAACAGCAGACAGUACAUCACAGGGAGAAAUACUAGAAACCAAGGGAUACAAUAGGCAUCUGAACUUAUCUGCAUUUUAUUAGAAUUACAUAUACUAAUUGAUUCCCCACAUUAUGGAUUCUGAAACAUUCAUCUUUACACUUUACAUUAUAUAUGAGCACAGAUGCCAACAUAUUGAGUUUAAAAGUAAAAAGCAGUCAUCUUUUUAGAACUCUUCUGCUUUACAGUGUUCUCCUGCUUCAUCUUUGGAAUGUACCAUGUAUCUGAAACAUGAGGAUAUAAUAUUGUAUAUUGACUAUGGUGUGUUUUGCAGAAAAACUGAAAAUAGUAGGGUAAUGUAAUAAAAUGUUCCCUGUUCUGUUGUGAUCUUUAAUUCUACAUCCUAAAAAAACAAGAAAUAUAUAUGAAAUUAUGCCCAAAAGCUGAUUAAAUAGCAGAGCCUUUGAGAUACAAGUUUAGGAAGUUUUAUUAAGACACCCAGCACUAAUUAAAAGUAAAGAGAAAUCCCAUUCAUUCAAUACAAGGGAACUUAUGAAA